AUGAAGGACGCCCUCCGCCCCCUAGUCGACGCGGGGGUCUCGGGCGCCCGAGAGCUGGCCCGCGCGGGCCUGCACGCGGGGGCCUCGUGGGCGCUCCUGCCGAGCUGCCCUUCGGUGCCGCCGUGCCCGCUCUGCCCGGCAGCGCCUCCGUGCCCCGCCUGCCCAGGGUGCCACUGCGCCUGUGGGAAGGCGCCUGACGGGCCCGGCGCGCCGGGCGGCGGAGGCGGCGAGCCCGCCUGGCUGGGCACCUCCGAGGCCGUGCCGCAGUGCGACGCGCUAGCCGCCGCGGUGCGCGAGGUGGCGGAGCAGAGCACGGUCUGGCACGACGCCGGCUGGCUCUGCGUGGCGGCGCUGGUGCUGGGGCUCGUCCUCGGGAGCCUGCUGACGCGCCUGCGCGGCCCCCGCUCGGCGGCGGCGCCCUCGGCGAGGCUGAUCCCGGGCUGCCGGGCGAUGGUCCGCUACGCCAGGGAAGACCUCUGGCACGAGCGGUUCCUGCUCUACCCGGCCGCCUCGGACGUUGAGGGCGGGGCCUGCUGGGUCGUCUUGACCCCGGACGGGGACGUCUACAUCGAGGAGCUGGAGGGGGGCUCGCCGGACGACAGCCCCGUGGAGUGGCAGAUUGUGGCGCGGGACUUGCGGCUGCCGCCGGGGCUGGGCCGCCCGUGCCGCUUUGGGGCGGACCAGCCGGGCGAGCUGCGAGCUCUGUAUCGCCGGGCGUAUGCGGCUUCGACGGCUGAAGCUCGGGCACGCGGGAUGCAGCUGCCGGCGCCGCAGAUGAUCCGCACCCAGCAGGGCCGCGACGUCACGGUGGAGGAGGCGUUCGGCCGCAACUUCUUCGGCGGGCGGCGCAUCGAGGUCGGCGACUGGGUCGGAGCUCCGGGUCUCGCCUUGCGCGAGCGGGGGCUGUUCGAGGUGGGGCCUGGCCGGGCCAUCGCGGUGCACCUCGCCGCCCUCGACAAGGACGCCUUUGUGGCCUCUCUCAGGCCCGCCGCCUCAUCCGGCGAGGCCCCCGUCAGCGGGGCGGCCGCGGCGAGCGACGCCCGCGCCCUCCCCAUGAGGACGGGGGCGCGCGGUCGCGGGCGCGAGUGGCGCGACGUGGUGGACGCGUGCGAGGAGGAGCCGUUCGGGGACUUCCCCGUGGCGGGGCCGAGGUCGACUUCGUGGUGCCUCGACUUUCUGCGGCGGCGUCACACUCCGACCGACCGCCACUUGAUGUUCAAGACCACGGCCCGCCUGCAGACGGAACAAUGGGGCGCUCAAGAACAUGAGCAGCUCAUGAUGUACUUGGAGCUGGCCGGCACCUACGACCGGCUCGACCUCAGCAACUGCGCCUUUGCGGAGGAGAUCCUCCGCCGGGCGCAGACCAUCGAGUGGGCGUGCCACGAUCAGCUGCGCGAGGCGGAAUCCGCGAGUUCGAAGGACAAGAUGAGCCCUGAGGAGUUUGCCGCGUUCAGUGGCUUCAGCAAGGCGGGCGACCUCCCCAUGGUCGCCCCGCAGUUGCUGGGGCACGUCAAGACGCAGGAGUGCAACCGCGUCAUCGGGGCCCUCAACGACUUGCUCCGCGGUGCCGGCGUUUACGAAGACCUCGACUCGCCGGUGGUCAGCUUCGACGAUUCCCUUGUCUCGCUGCCGGAGGCCGGCAACACCCCGGCGCCGCUCGGGCAGCUGCUUCAAGACGUGGGCGAUUUUGAUCCAUAUAUGGACACGAUCUUGAGAGGUGAUUUGCGGGUUUACUCCCGCUUGGUCAAGCGGCUUGCCGACGCCGGGAUGGUGACCUACACGGACACGCCCCGCGAGAAGUGCGGCCUCUUCUUCGUCCGCAUGAAAUCAGGCAAGCAGCGCGCGGCAAACGUCGGCCACGUGGACAUCUGCGACGCCUUUUACCACUUCGGCCUGCCCGAAGUUUUUCGCGAUUCUUUCGCCCUGCCGUCCGUGAAGGCCGGGGGCGUGGGGAUGGUGCGGCUUCGUGAGCGGCCGCUCCAGCCUGGGAGCCGCAUCUGGCCGGUGCUUGCCGUGCUCCCGAUGGGCUGGUCGCACGCCUUGUACUGGUGCCAGACAAUCCACCGUUCCAUCGUCAGCUCGAUUCCCGAGCUAAGUGACGUGCCGUUCAUUUCCGACAAGAGUGUCGUGCCGGGGGUGCAGCCGCUGGCUAUGACCAUAUACGUUGACAAUUGUUUGGCUUUGGGCACCGAUCCCGAGUCGGCGCGGCGCGCCGUCACUUUAGUCAACGCGGCCUUGACACAGAAGGGUCCCCCCACUCAUGAGGUGUGCAUAUGCGAUCACAAUGCUGCCAUUCUGGGCUGGGAGAUCCGGGGAAGAGAGUGCGAAAUCCGACCCAAGAGAUCAAGGCUGUGGCGACUUCGGUUGGCGCUCGACUGUCUGGUCAGUCGCAAUACCGUGGACCCGGGAGACGUUGAAAAAGUGUUGGGUCAUUGCACGUUCGUCGCCUUACUAUGUCGCGAGCCCUUGUCCAUCUUCAAUUCGGUGUACUCGUUCGUGCGGAGGCUGCGCCACUGCACCGGAGUACCCCUCUGGGAGUCAGUUCGCUGGGAGUUGAGCACCUUCUCGAGCCUUCUGGGGAUGAUCUCGCGAAACUUAAGUAUGUUGGUUGCCUGGAGUCCGACGGCGAUGUGCAGUGACGCGUCGUUCUGGGGCUUCGGGCUGGUCAGCAAGGGCUUCAAUGAUGACCUCGUGGGCUCCGCGGGCGUUUUCUCGGAGAGGUGGCGUUUCCUGGAGGGCAGCAAUGCGCAGUCAAGGGCUUGGGCUGGAGUCGGCGAGGGGCCUCUCGAGAGCUCCAGGGAGUUCCAGGACAUCGUGGGCUCGGAGGAGGCCUGCAUCAACGCCCGCCAGUCGGCCGUCAGUCGUCUGCCUGCUGAGUUUCGGGAGGAGGGCUGGGCUGUCGUGGGCUCGCACAAGUGGGGGGGCCCGCCCGACAACAUCGUUGAGGGGGAGGCCCGGGCGCUCGCGUUCGGGGGGUCUGCGGGGCCCUCCGCGCAGUCGCGGCCCAUGUCGCGGCAACAGGCCUCCGCCUCGCCGCCCCGCGGCUACCCGGCGAGUGGAACUUCGCGGAUGGUCCGUCGCGAGGCCUCCGGCAUGCUGGAUAUGCCCGCGCAGGAGGCGGCGACGCUGACGCGGAGGCGACCUCGGCCGGAGGCUGUCGAGGCCAGCGCGCUGCCGCGGACCAGGGCUUUGCCGAGUCCGCCGGCUGCGACGGCGCCGCGCCUCCGCCGCCUGCAGGGCGAGAUGGGCCCGGUGGGCUCGGGUGGCCCCGCGCCGCCCUCGGGCUCGACGGGCCUGGCGACCUCGCAGGGCGUGACGCGGCGGAAGCUCGCUCGGCGGCUCGCGAAGCUCACCGUGGAGGGCUCUCGGGACACGUUGAGGAGGAGCGCUGUUCGCACGCAGACCGCCAGGACCCGCUACCAGCAGUUCGACGACGAGUUCGACGAGUGGAUGGACGAGCAGGGCCUCCCGCGCCCGCCUCGCUUCUCGGCCGACCACGGCGAGGUGGGGCCGCUCUCGGCCUCGGACGUCGAGAGGAUCGACUUGGCGCUCGCCGAGUGGAUGCUGUCGCAGUACCUCGAGGGAGUCGACCACUGGCGCGGGGUGCAGAUGUUGGCGGCGCUGCAGUGGAGCGACCCGCGGCUCGGCCGCGACGGGUCGGCCUCGCUGCCGGCGGCGCGCCAGACGCUGCGGGGCUGGAAGGUGCUGACGCCUCCUCGGGCGAGGCUGCCGCUUCCCGAGGAGUUGGUGGCGGCCAUCGCGUGCGAGCUGGUCCUCAUGGGCCAGUGGGAGGCGGCUGCCUGCGCGGUGCUGUCCAUGGUGUUCUACAUGAGGCCCGGCGAGUGGGAGCGGGUGCUGGUGCGCCGCGCCGCCCCGCCGCGAGCUGCUGGCAGCCUUGCGCUGCGGCACUGGGCGCUGCUGCUUCACCCGCACGAAGGCGAGGAGGCGAAGGCCAGCAAGACCGCGGAGUUCGACGAGAGCCUGGUCCUCGACCUCGACUGCGACCAGUGGCUGUCGGGGGUGCUCCAUCGCCUGGUGGCCGGCCGGAGCGGGGGCGAGCCGCUCUUCCGCAUUGCAGUCGCGGAGUUCGCGGCGCUGUUCAGGCGGGCAGCGCGGCGCCUGGGGGUCACGCCCGACCCCGUGCCAUACCUGCUCCGCUUCACGGGCGCCAGCAGGGACUUCGUGAACCAGCUGCGGCCGCUCCGCGAGGUGAAGAGGAGGGGCCGGUGGAAGACCGACGCGUCGGUGCGGCGCUACGGGAAAGGCGGGCGCCUCAGCGAGCAGUUCGCCCGCCUCCCAGGCCCGCUCCAAAGGCACGCCCUGCGUUGCCACAGCGUGCUCCCCGAGGUGCUCUUAGGGAG